AUGGACGAGAAGGUGGCUUGGGAGGAGAGCCUCACCUUUGUGGGCACUGUGAUCGACCUCAAGGGUACAUUUGGCCUGGCCGGCGAUCACAUACUGGGAAACUUGAGCAAACAAGGUGUUCCUCAAGUAGAGGACGGUCUGGGCAGCGUUUCUCUGGAGCUCGAGCACCUGGACGCCAACGCAGAGCCAUUGGAAUCAGACCGCAAGCUGGAGCGCAAGGCAACAGGCCAACGGGCUGCAACUCCGCAGGGCGCCGUGGGGCACAGGGCGAUCGACAGGUAUCGCUUCAAUCUCUGGUGGAGGUGGCGGCAGGCGCAGCACGCAGCCACGAGAGACAAAUGGUCUGGGCCGCAUCCGCAGCGCUUCAAUAUCCAGCGCUGGGAAGAGCAGAUCUCGGAGGUCUACGGCGAAGGCUUCUCUGAGGACAUCUGCGCGAACGCCGGCUGGUUCACCAGGGCGCUCGACCGGGCUGGCCGGAAGAAAGCCCAGGCGGACAGAGGCGCCAGGGCCCUGGACGCAAACGACGUGGACGGCUGGAAGUUGGAGCGGCCCCAGCUGGAUUUGGCAGAGGAGGUGGACGAUGACCUGCUGGAGCUCCAAGUGCUGCUGGGCUGCUGCGAGCGGGACGGGAACCGGCACCGGAUUUCUGCGGCAAUUUUGGAGUUCGAGGUGAAGGCGAGAGUGCGGCGCACGUGGGCGUGGUUCCCGCUGGAGAGGUACGAAUGGUCGGGGCACGAGUAUGCAGAGCCCAAGGUCAAGCUCAGCUUCAAGGUGCCCGGCGCGGGCGCAUUGCCCGCCCGGGAUGUCCAUUGCGAUUUCGGCACGGACUGGUUCGACCUGAAGGUCUGGAACGUGGUGUGGCCCGAGUCUCCAGAGGUAAAGUACCACCACCGCGUCAAGAAGACCCGCCUGAUGCACAAUUGUGCCCUCGCAGUGCACCGUCGAGGCGACGGGUGA